AUGCCCAAGCAAACUCUCAUCAUUUUGGCAGGGACGCAGGAGGGGGAGGAGGGGUUGCGCAGACGGGUUGCGCGGCUCCCGCCGCUGCCGCUCACGCCGUUGUCUCCCGGCAGCGCCGUGCCCGGAGCGGGGCCGCCGCGGGGCCGCGUCGACACGCCGGGGCUGCUGGAAUGCCGCCGCUGCCGCUACCUGCGCACGGGCCGGGCCUGCUGCCAGCUGGUGGGAGCGCUGCUCGCCGCGCUGAUCCUCGUCUGCAGCUCCGUGUCCUACGGCUCGGCGGGCGGCUACACGGGCGUCCCCGGCCAGGGCGGCAUCUACUACUACAUGUACGGCGGGGCGUACAGCGGCUUCAGCGGAGCGGACGGGGAGAAAGCCCAGCAGCUGGACCGGCGUUUCACCCAGCUCAAGAUGCCAUUAGCCAGGGCGGCGAUGGCCGUGGGAGGAGCCCUCCUGGUCUUCUCUUCCGCGUUGAUUUUGGUUGGCGUCGUACGGCUACCGUGGCGUUUUCCUGCAUGGCUCCUACUGGAAGGCAUCCUAGACACAGUGGUUGCAGUGGGUUUGCUGGUCGCUCUGUACUAUUUCUUCCAUCAUCUGCUGGGAGUUUAUGACUCAACAGUAUGCAAAGAGAGAGCACACCUUUACCAAAGCAAGGGCUAUCAGGGCUUUAGCUGCAGCAUGCAUGGGGCAGAGAUUGCUGCUGGCCUCCUGGGCUGUGCAGCUGUUGUGGCAUUCCUGCUUAGUGCAGGUCUGGCCGUCAGAGGGUACAGAGUUGUUCACAAACUGAAACAGAAGCCAGAGCACACGUAUGAGCCGUAGAAUUAUUCCUCUGCUCCAGUAGUGGUCCUGAUUUUUGCCAGCCUCAUGGCAUGCUUUCACUUGCUUGGGGACAGUGCAUUCUUAUUACUGUAACAGAGCAUAACUCCAAAUAUAGGGAAACCAAGCUGUUCAAACUUAAAUUUGCACUGUUAAAUUAUUAGCAGACGCAUACAGAUUGUCUUCAUCUGGUGGCUGUUCUGCCUCUCCAGCAUAUAUCUGAGAGAGAAUGCAUUGCUAACUGUUGUUCUUAUGAACAUAGUAAUUCACAGGCUUUGUCUAAAUAGCAAACCUAGCUUUGAAUGCUUGGGCCUUCUUGGGCCUUGGGAAGAUAAUUCAGCUUUGGAGAAGCCCUUGUUCCUAAAUGUCAAUGACUGAAAAGAGAGAUCACGUACCUGAGCUCUGGGUUUCCAACAUCAUAGCCAGUAUCCUCCUAGCAGUAGGGUAAUUAAUGUCAGUAGUCGCUCAGAACACAUCAAGUAGCAUGGCUAGGAUGCGUUGCAGACGCAUGCUGGUGAACAGCUUCCUACAGUUGAACCUUUUACAAAGGGCCUGUGACUGUCCACUGAGAGUAGAACUCUGAAAAGUGAGCAAUGAAGCUGAUGAUUGCCAUUUCCUGCUUUGGAAAGCUCUCUUGGUGCUAAAGGGGCAGCUUUAACAUGGCAUUUAUAUUGCCAUCAGAGAUUCCUGAAAUAAACUUGUAGGGUGGUGAAGAUAAA